GGGGGAGCCUCCUCCGCAUUUUCCGCGGUGCCCACCAGAAGGAGCCCCGGAGCUCGUAUUCCCGGCGCGGAGCGGGAGCAGUCGCCGCACCGAGCCCAGAAAUCUAGCCGCGCGGCGCCGCGGCAUGAAGAGCCAGGCGGCCUCCUGAGCCCUCCAGGCAACGCCCAGAACUACCACCGCGCGGCGAUCCACAAAGCCCCCGAGUCUGAAGGCGGGAGGGAUCAGGAGCGCUCGGAAGGCAAGAGAACACCCCCAUACUCUAAGGCUCACGCCCGGCUCCCCCAAUCAGGCCGUCUCCGGCCCCAUGAGGACUCCCAGGCGGUGGCUGGGAGCCCGGCGCAGCCCGGACGGAAAUCUUGGCGCGGCCUUAGAGCGUUAGACAGGAUGCGGCUGGGUCGCAGGGCACUCUGCGCGCUGGUCCUGCUGCUCGCCUGCGCCUCGCUGGGUCUCCUAUAUGUGAGCACCCGGGACGCGCCGGGCCUCCGGGCUCCCCCUGCACUGUGGGUGUCCCUGCAGGGCCCCCCCAGGCCCCAGCUGCCAGACCUUGCUCCUGAGCCCCGCUACGCACACAUCCCAAUCAGGAUCAAGGAGGAAGUGAUGAGGCUGCUGACUCAGAACAAUUGCAGUUGUGAGUCCAGUGGGGGAGGGCUUUCCCUCUUCCAGAGGCAGGUCCAAGCCACUGACCUCACCAAAGCCUUUGACCCUGAGGAGCUGAGGGCCGCUUCUGCCAUGAGAGAGCAGGAGUUCCAGGCCUUUCUUUCAAGGAGCCAGUCCCCUGCUGACCAGCUGCUCAUAGCCCCUGCCAACUCCCCUCUACAAUAUCCCCUGCAGGGUGUGGAGGUGCAACCACUCAGGACCAUCUUGGUGCCAGGGCUGAGCCUGCAGGCAGCUGCUGGUCAGGAGGUAUACCAGGUGAACCUGACUGCGUCCCUGGGCACCUGGGAUGUAGCAGGGGAAGUGACUGGAGUAACUCUAAUAGGAGAGGGGCAGCCUGAUCUCACCCUCACCAGCCCAGGGCUGGACCAGCUCAACCGACAACUGCAGCUGGUCACUUACAGCAGCCGAAGCUACCAAGCAAACACAGUGGACACAGUCCGGUUCUUCACCGAGGGCCAUGAGGCUGCCUUCACCAUCCGCAUCAGACACCCCCCCAACCCGCGGCUGUACCCGCCUGGGGCUCCACCUCAGGGAGGUGAGGCUGCUCAGUACAACAUCAGCGCUCUGGUCACCAUUGCCACCAAAACCUUCCUUCGUUACAACCGGCUACGGGCGCUCAUCGCCAGCAUCCGCCGCUUCUACCCGACCGUCACUGUGGUCAUCGCCGACGACAGCGAGAAGCCCGAGAGCGUCAGCGGCCCGCACAUUGAGCAAUAUCUCAUGCCCUUCGGCAAGGGCUGGUUCGCAGGCCGGAACCUGGCUGUGUCUCAAGUAACCACAAAGUACGUGCUGUGGGUGGACGACGACUUUGUCUUCACUGCGCGGACGAGGCUGGAGAAGCUGGUGGACGUGCUGGAGCGGACGCCGCUGGACCUGGUGGGGGGCGCGGUGCGUGAGAUCACGGGCUUCGCCACCACGUACCGGCAGCUGCUGAGCGUGGAGCCUGGCGCGCCAGGCCGCGGAGACUGCCUCCGGCAGAAGCGCGGCUUCCACCACGAGCUCGUGGGCUUCCCAGGCUGCGUGGUCACCGACGGUGUCGUCAAUUUCUUCCUGGCGCGAACCGACAAGGUGCGCGAGGUCGGUUUCGAUCCGCGUUUCAACCGCGUCGCGCAUCUGGAAUUCUUCCUGGAUGGGCUUGGUUCCCUCCGUGUGGGCUCCUGCUCAGAUGUUGUUGUGGAUCAUGCAUCCAAGUUGAAGUUGCCCUGGGUGUCAAGGGAUGCUGGGGCAGAGACUUAUGCCCGGUACCGUUACCCAGGAUCACUGGAUGAAAGUCAGGUGGCCAAACACCGCUUGCUGUUCUUCAAAUACCGGCUGCAGUGCAUAACCACGGAGUGAUGGCCACACAGGGCCCCCCAACUGACCGUCAGGCUGGGCCUGCCUCCUAAUUGCUACCAGGAAUCUCCAACAAGCACCACCACCCAGUGCCCACCCCGCUGACUAUCCCCAAUCCUCCAGCCCCUCAGCCCUCCCCCUCAGAUCCCUGAUCCCAAAGAAGGGCUUGUCCUGGUGACAUCCCUCCUCUCUGUGAGUGCCCAGUGGUGUGACGGAGCCAAAAUCUCUCCCACAGCCAGUGCCAAGUCUUCCCUCCACCCCAUUCUCAUGGGGCAGGAAAUGGGGGGUUGCUUUCCAAGUGCCAAAGAGCCAAGGGGGACUCUAACAAACUGAAAUGGAAACACUCCCCUCUAGUCUCCUUGGGACUGAAUGGGUGGGGAAGCCCCCCAAUGUGUAAUCCCAGGGCUGUGUCCUCCACUCUGUCUCUGGAUCCAGGACUCAGUACAACGGCUUCAGCCCCACCCCCAUGGAGGGAACUUGUGACUGUGGAGCUGGGGUGGAGGCUGGUGAACACGCCGCCAAAGCCAUCCUCAGUUGUGUCUCUGCAGUGCUGUGGGCAUAGAGGAAGGGGCACCAGGGCUCUGUGUGCAGACAUCCAGUCUCAAUGCGUGGACCCCAGAGGCUUCCAGCUUCGUUUUAUUAGUUACAUUAAGUGAGAGGACUCAGGGACCAUGGUCAUCCAUACACAUGGGCUGUUGAGGCUUUCCACGCUCCAAGCAAAUGGGUCACACUCACGCGGUACAAGCCUUUGGCCCAGUGAGCUCCUGGAGAAAGGAAAGGAUAUGUCAUGAAUAGAUUAGGAUAUAUCGGGUACUACCUCCUCUGCCUGAGAAGUGGCAGUACUCCAGGGUUCUUCAAGACUUAAGCUCCUCGGUUCUUCUUCACCCACAGCUGAGCCCAGUCUCCCUGGCUUCAUCUUAAAAUUGCCAAAUCAUUUCAUCCCUACCCCUUCCCAAUUCCCUCUCCUGGGUCUUCAGCCAGUGACUUACCCCUUGCUUGCCAAAGCCCAGCCCCUUCUGGCUCCCACUCCUGUUGCUAUUGCCCACACACCAGUCUCUCCAGGGCAUGAGCAGCUGCGUCCUGGACACUCACAAACAGCUGUUCUGGGGUCACUAUGUCCAGGAGUCCUGCCCAGGUCAAUGUCUCCAGCACCAAGGCUGUGGAGGAAAGGGAUCAGGCUCUCAGCUCCCAAGUCCACACCAUGUCCUCCUCUUCCCUUUCCCAAGUGCUCAGGCUUUCCAGAGUCACCAGACCCCUCUACCCUCCCAUGCCUCUCACCAUUACACUGAGCGAGGAGAAAGUGGAUCCCAGCGUCUCUGCAACGGCUGGCCAGCUGCGGAGGUUGGGAGAGAGUGUUAAGUUACGAAGUCAGAGGGUCUAAGUGAGAUGAUACUCCUCAACCUCCCCUCUCCCUCACCUGGACCACUUCUCGGGCCCCAGCAGCAUCUGUGAAAGUGAUACCACUGCAGUCUAGGACCAUCACUCUAACAGGCUCAGCAACUAGGGUAAAGAAGACAGCAGUACCCAGAUGCCUCCACGGGUGAUGCCCAAAUCGCCCUCCUCUUCAUCCCAUCUCACCUGUGUCAUGUGGGCCAUCUGGUUUUGAGGUUUCCUGUGAGUAAAGAAGGGCAGUCACCCCUCCUUGGGUCUGAUACUUGGGCAAACACAAGCCUGGAUGUGCACCCCUUGAGCACUAGGAUCCCCCUCAGAACAACCACCUGCCUCCCACUCCCACAGGAAACACUCCUCCUUGACCAAAUCCCUCACCUUGUCUCCCUCUCUAAGCCCUAGAUGCCUCUCUAGGAUGUGGCGGAACUGCCCACGGGUCCCAAAGUAGAGUGGUGUUGGAUAGCUUAGGAUGCAGAGCCCUGGGACCUGGAGGAGCUAAGGGGUCAGAGGGUCAGAAAAGCAUCCAGAUCUAAUCUUCCCUUCCUUCCUGGGUUGUAGCCCACUCACCUUGUGGCUCUCCCUGAGUGGUCUGUAGAGCUCAGUCCCCUCAGCCAGUCCAAGUGGCAGGCACUGCACCCUAGGCAGGGAGCUGGAGUGAGAUUCCUAGCCUACCCCUGCUGGGGGGUCGCUCCAAGCAUCACCUCCCCUCCCCUCCCCACCUCUCGAUUCCCACCUCUGGGUACGGCAGACCACAGUCAUCAUGGAGAAGACCACACCCACGGCCAGGCCCAGGUCCACACUCAGGGUCACUACAGCCACCCAUGUCACCAUCCACACAGCCUGCAGGACAUCGAGGGGAGUGGAUUUCCCAGGAGAAAGGCCAGGGCCAUCACUGACAGGGAAAGGGGUCCAGGGACAUGACUGCUAGGGCAAGCAGUAGUGAAGGAAGGUUCAGGAGAAGGUGGAAAAAAAUGACAGGGUGUUGGGGCAGGAUUGACCACGUGUAAUGACCCCAGACCUUGUACCACUAGGUGGUUACAAACAUUCAGGCCUGAGGAGUUGAAACCCCACCCUUCACCUUGUCUCUGAGUUAAGGGUACUAGGAUGUAUGUGUGUUGGGGGAGGGGGAAAGUUUGCAGAACUUAAGACCAGGGCAAUUUGCUUUGACCCAGGGCAGAGGCCAGGGCUGCUGGGAAGAUGGGAGGGCACCAUCUAGGGGAGCAAUACUGCCAUUUCUCACAAAGUCCACGCGGCUGAUACGCCAUAGUUGUGGAAGUUCCUGCAUCUGGAAGAACAUCUGGCGCAUGCUGGAGAUGUUGAUGCAGGCCAGGACAGCCUUGGGGCAGAGGAGGAGGGCUGACCAUCCCAGAGCCAACCUAUAGCCGACCUUCCCCACCACCCCCACGCCUUCCCUGCUCCUUACCUUGGGCAGAUAGUAGAAGAAAGGCCCCAGCCACAGCAGCACUGACAGGACAACUAGGCAGGAGAAGAGGCCUGCCAGCUAGAGGGAAGGAGGGAUAGAAGAAAAGAAGACAGGGAACCUGUCCCCACGCCCGUGUGAGGGCCAGCCCCUCUGCCCGCUCUGCCUCUUCUCCCUGGGAAGAGUCCCUCCUCCAGAUCACCUCCCACACAGAUUCUUCACCCUCUUUCUAGUGAUUCUGCCAUUCAAACCUAUCUUUCCCCUUCCCCCAACUAAAUGCCUAUCUUGUGCCAGUCUCCCUCUAGACAUAUUCCAACUUCCCUAAUUUUGUAGUCCACCUCCAGUUUUAAAGCCACUGUUGGAUAACCCACUAGGCAGGCUAAACACAUGCUAUGGCACCAGCAAAGUAAGGGAAACCAAAAAUACUAAGGGGAGGCUUUGAUAUGUGAUAUUUCUUUUUAACAAUUCAACAGAAUAAUCCUAUGGGAAAAAUCAAAAUUUUGUCUCAAAUUUAUUUUACAGUUCAGUAUUGUUUUUAUUUUGAACUAUACAUGGGGCACCAUAA